GCAGGCCCUCAUCUCUUCUACCUACCACACUGACACCGAUGUGGAAUAUGACCCUUGACUGUUCACCCUCUGGAGUUUUCUCUAACUGCUCAGUGAUAUUCUCUGGGGAAGCAACAUAGCUCCUGGAACCAUUCCUGCUCCCCCUCGCUGUUGACUUUUCCCUAUCUCCAGCCCUUCUUCCUGUGCUGCUGAGACAUCCAAUUGUGAAGCUGUACACGCAAUGCCCAAAGGAAAUUACUCCCCCAUUAGUGCUCAGAACAGUUGGGAAGCAAAAGGCCCCCUGGACUACCUGCCCGUUUUGUUUUGUCUUAUCUGUCUGGCGAUCACCCACGAACCUCUGCCACGACACCCCAACCCCACCCUGCGACAUCCGCCCAAUUAAAAAACGUUUCCACCUAUCACCCUCUGCCCACCCCUCCCUCUCACUUCGAAACAUGGGCUCUCUUCCCUCAGUCCUGAUGCAGGGUCUCAAUCCGAACUAUCGACCACCCCUUUGCUUCCACAGUUGCUGCUCGACCCAGUUUACGCCCUGCUCCAGAUUCCAGUCCCCGUAGCCUCUUGUGCAGCCCUUCCCUCUCCGUUUGCCCGCGGGAGGGGCGGGUUUCACUUCGUCCUCCCUUCCUCUACCUCACUGAAACAAGCCCGAAAAGGGGCGAAUCUAUGCAAAAUAUAACGACUUUUCUUCCCGCUACCCUUCGGUUGGAUUAUUAAAUAAAGCUUCAAUCUUCCACAAAGUUUCGAGGUCUGAUUAGAAGUGGGCGAACAAACAGACAUUUUCCAUAAAUCCUGCCUUUUAGCGGCGCCUCUGCCGCAACCCAUAAUCAUGGGAAGCCAAGGGAGUGUUUAUUCUCCGUGCUUCUCUCGCAUUCAUUCGCUUUAACGAAAAACAGGAAGCACACGUAACCCGGAAGCGGAGUGGAUUGGUGACAGUUGAAUGAAGGUCUCUGAGAAGACUUAUGGCUGAAAAAGACUGCAUAAACUUUCUGAAUGAUGAUAGUGCCAUGUUUAGCCAUGAACAACAAAGUUCAAAAAUGAGACCUGAAGAUGCAGAAUCAAUUUGUUUUGAACUGGAAGGUGAGAAUGUUGAAGAGACCAUGAAUAGUUCAUUGGACAUAAACAAGGCACUUGGUGUCUUCCCAUCAAUGAGUACAGAUGCAAAAAUUAAACAGUUCAAAGUAUUUCUCACAGCUAUAAUGAAAAAUGAUUUGGUAUGUCGUAUAAGUCAAGUGCAGUAUCUCUUGCUGUUACACUACUUUGUUAUGGCACUCUGCUCUAGAAGCAAGACACAGGAUCUGGCUGAAGCCAAAAAGCAAAUUAGAACAAUUGAGAAAAUGACUAAGGAGAAACCUGAAUGUCAGAAUUUUUUGUAUGUGGCCUAUCACACUUUAGGCUGUUUAUACUACAAGCAAAAUAGGUUUGAAGAUGCCAUGCAGUGGUUUCAAAAAUCUAAGCAAGAGUUUGAAGAAAACCCUCCGACCAUAGAAUGGACCAAUGUUAUACUAAAAGCAGAAGAGAUUACACCAGAAAAUUUUGAAGUCAAAAUAAAUGAAUAUGUUGAAAAGUGUACUGAUCCUCCUGAUCCUAUAGCAACCUGUCAACAUUUAAAUUGUCAAGGAUACUACAAGAAGGAAAUCUAUCUAUCUGACCCCGAUUACAAGGGUUAUGUUGAACUUUUCUGUGACGAUAAUUGUGCAAUACAGUAUCAUACCACCUGUUGGAAAAAGUUAAAGGAUUCUAACUAUCAUGGGCAAUCUAAUCAGAAUUUCUGUUCAAUGAGUUGUAUAAAUAGUGAUUGUAAAGGCAUAAUCGUAAAACUUGUGAUUCACAGUGCUGCAGGAAGCACACAGACAGAGUUUCAAGUGAAGGUUCCAGAUCUGUCACCACAACUUUCAACUAUGAAGAAUGAACCAAAGGAUACAGAUGUCCCAGAGGAAUACAGCAAAUGCCAUGAGCAGAAGAACACUGAGAUGGCAAAGGAAGGAUUACAUUCAUUUUGCUCAACAGUCAAAUGUCGCCUAUUUCAAGAGAUUACCCAGAACAGAAAGCUGAUUGAAAAUGCAAUUAGUGAAAUUGGAAACGUGUCUGAACUGUUAAUUGAGUGUAACUUGAAAGAAGUGCUUGCCGAGAAGAGCAAUAAGAUUACUGCUGAAAUAAUUGUCGACCAUGUUUUGGAAUGGAACUGCAAUUUUAAGAUGCGCCGCUUCCUAAGUCUGCUUAUAAAUCAGGAUAUCUCUAAGCACCCAGAACUUUUGGAAUGGUUGACACUCAUCUUGGAAUUGAGUGACCAGUGUAGUUUGUACUUCUUAUUUAGUUAUAAAAAAAUCUUAAUUCAGAUCCUUAAUGAAGCAGGAAAUCUCAUUGUCAACAUUGCUAAAAAGCUGCUGUCUAGGAAAGCUAUAAACCAAGCAGAAAUCAAGAUAUUAACUGCAACUACGCCGGACCAAAGACCAGAUACUUUGAUGGAGCAAAUGACCACCAAUAAGGUGCUUUGGCAAAUUGGAGAGCUGGUGUUUCUUUUGGCUGAAGAGCAAGAUGCAAUUCCAAAACUGAAGCCUUUAUUUGAAGAGUUUAACCAGGAGUUUGAUAAGUUCAACAAAGGCAGUGUCCCUAAUUUUGGAAAUGCUUUACCCGUGGAUUCGUUUUCCAAGGACAUGGAUUAUUCAUUAUUUUACCGUCUUCUUCACCUGCUCAUAAUUAAGGGUACCGAAGUCGUUUUGCAGAUAUUUGAUCGGGCAGUACCACCCCAGAUAUUAAAGAGGGAAUUACUUAAAAAUAAACGCAUUCUGGAGCCUUACCAUAAAGGUACCUCGAAGGCCAUGGUUAACUCAGGUGAAUGGAGUUUACUUUAUCCACCUAACAACGAGCAACCCAACUCGCAGAGGUUUGAUAUCACAUUGCUAGCCUCACUUAUGAGACACUUGAAGAUCCUUCCUGCACCCCGCCGAGGUUGGGAUGCUGAGCCAGCGACAAAUGAUCAUAGCAAAAGUGCAGCUAUACUGCGCCUCUGUAACCUCCGAAACAAGCUUCUUUUUGAAACUCUGAACACUGGAAUUAAAGAAUCCGAAUUUGCUGUUAUGUGGGACAGAAUCACAGAAAUCCUUGUGAACCUUGGGGCAGAUAAGCAAGAGUUAGAGGAGCUGAAGAGUUUUCCUGUCGAAAAACUGUGGGAGGAUCACCAUCGACUGGCUGGUUAUCUGGGCAAACCAGUGGCAGAUGUCAUGCAGCUGCUCUUGUCAUUUGUUCAACAAGGAAUGACCAUACAGUCAAAAGAGGCAACAGCAUCAUCAACAAACACUGUUUUAUCUGCACUUCCUCCUCCACAAGAGAUGAAAGAAAAAAUAAUGGAGCCAGAAAAUCUAAUAGUUGAUGAUCACUCAGUGGUGUUGAUUGCCAAAACAAAGUCUAAGAAGAAGAAGAAAAAGUCUAAAAGUAAAAAGGAUGUGAUAAACGAAGAUAAUCACCAAACACAAGCUGCAGAUCCUAAAAAACAUGAAGCCCUGUCGAUUCCUGUGCAAGAAAACCAAUCAAAUAAUGAGAGCAGUGAGCAAAUGGCAAAUACCAUCUGUAAUGAUUCUACAUUUGGAGUCAUUCCCCCAGACUCUUCGUUUUCGGUUUUAUGCACUGCAACUGAUGCCAGUCGUACUGCUCCCUCUUUGAUUAGUUGUGAAGUUAACAAACCAGCUGAUUUGCCUGAUCAGACCUACCAGAGCGAUGGAGAACUGGAUGACAUUGAUAGUGCUUUCAUUGUCAAAAAGACCAAUGUAGAUUUAUAUUCAUCCCCAGUGGAAGCUGAUGGAGCCACCAAUACACAGGAGCACAUUUGGCAAAAUAGCAAAGUAUAUUCUGAGAUCAGACAAAAAUCGAUUGAUCUAGAAACUGAAAACAAAGUUCUUAAGAAAAACUUAGAACAUUUGAUGAUUCAAUUCAAGAAAGAGCAACAACAAAGAAUUUACACAGAAAGCCUGAUUUCAAAACUCCAAGAACAUUAUCAUCAGGAAAUGUCUCGAUUAAAGCAACAACUUGAAAGGAAAGAAGAAGACUUAAAGAAAGUUACUGUGCAGUUUGCAAAUGAAAGGUCACUGUGGAAUAAGGAUAAAGCUAAACUCGAGGACGUAACUGCAAAAAACAUUGCAAAGUUGGUAGAGGCAACAAAGCGAGCAGUUGCUGCUGAGGUUUUGUUUCUGGAGUGUCGGAGGGAUAACGGUCUCUUCCAACUCCAGCAGGCUGAGCAGGAUUGUACAGUGCACCUUAAGGCAGCAGAAGAGAACAUGGGGAGGAAUCCUGCAUCAGCUUCUGCAUGUGCAACAGUUGAUGGCUGGCAAGCAAUUGUGGCUGAUAUAAGAAAUAAGAUUGAUUUUACAAAGAAUCAGUUUGAUGAACAGAUAGCUUUGUUGAAGAGUGGAACUAAGCUGAGCUUGCUUCCACAAAUAAAGAUCCCACCACCACCUCCACAUCCUGAUGCAGUGAUGAAGCAUUUUCUGGAACAACAUUUACAAACAAAAGCAAAUUAUUGGCAGGCUGGAUCUGGACAACCCAACUCUGCUAAUGGAAGGUCCACAGUUGUCACGGGACAGCCAGAAGCUUCUGUAUCUGGACAGGAACGGAUUCAAGGGUCUACCCCAGCAUCCAAGCAAGUUGCAGCCUGGCACACUGGAGAAGUAGUAAGGGGAAUGGCAACAGCAGGAGGAAUCCGGGGGAAGAACAGCUUUGAAAGAAUUAUGGAGAAGCUCUCAACAUCCUACCCACAAUUUACCCGAAGUUCAUUAACAGAUUACCUGAAAGAAGUGAGGAUGUCCAAUGGUGGAUCCCUCUCUGGAUUAUCCUAUGAUGAAAUUAUAAAUAAAGUAGCACGAUUAGUGGAAUCGAAACUGUCUGAGAGGAGUAACAUAGGCCAGAAUAACCCCCCUCAGACAUCUGUUUGGCGCUCAUCUAGACAGCAGGGAUUUAAGCCCUGGGAAGGAGCUACAGUCUUGCGUGAAGAAGAUCCUUGUGUGAUCUGUCAUGAAGAACUUUCUGCAGAAUCCAUGCUUAUUUUACCAUGUGCUCACAAGUUCCACUCCCAGUGCAUUGAACCAUGGCUGAAUGAACAGAGAACCUGUCCUACUUGCAGACUUCAUGUUGUGCUACCACAAGAAUUCCCAGACCUUCCCAGUCGGAAAAUUCCUCCAUUGUGAGGGUGUUGACACACACAUUGUGAACCCCCAGAUGUGUUGAGAAGAAAUCGAAAAGAUAAAAUGCAAAACUGAGCUUUUAAUCACAAGGGAGCAAGAAUAUCGGGGGGGGGGGGGGGGGGUAGAAGAAAUAGUGUUAUGGUGUUAUGCCUUAAUUGCAUGGAACCUUGUUCAGUUCUGAUAAAUGAGGAAAAUUCUAUUGACCUUGUAGGUCAAUUGCUGCAGCUAAGGAUCUCCCAAAUGAUACUUCAAUUAAAAGUAUUAAACAUAAGGCCAGGUUGAAAAUUGAGGUGUGAUCUUAUUGGACUAUGAUUUAAAUGACAAGAAAAUAGGAAAACUGACAAAGAUUAGAAAGUGUACAUUAAAAGGAUAUCUUUUUUCUCAAAUGAGGAAUUAAGAACAAAGGAUGACAACCUUAAAGUUAGAGCUAAGGAAUUAAAGAAAAAUAACAAGAAACAUUUUCAGACGAGGUAUUAGAAAUCUGAAACUCCUCCCCCACCCCCCCAGAAAAAGGCUGCAGAGUAGCUGCUGGAACAUUUGAAAAACUUUCAAGACUAAAAUCAAUGGCUUUUAGUUGGGUAAACUUACAAAACCUAAGUAGCAAUGGUGAGCAACUGAGAUUGUGAAGGAAUGGAGCAUGGUGUACAGAUCAACAAUGAUCAUUUUGAACGGGCAUGUGGAACUGAAUAGACCACUUGUAUUGAAAACAACAGCUUUAAGAAACACAAAUACAACUUCUUAAGUACCCUUUUAACAUAGCACCAGUCUACCAUUCUAUAAACUGAUGUCCCAUUUCCACCCCCCCCCCCCAAUUUUCUGAAGAAAAUCAGUUUGUUAUUGUUAUUAUCCAUUAUUAAUGUUUUAAAGGAUUGCUUCAACUCUUCCAAACCCAAACACUCAACUCAGGCCCUGCUUUCCUUCUCUGACAACCCUAAUUGCAGUGCACGGCAAGUAAUGGGUUUGCCUUCAACAGGGACCAGUACUGCAAUAAAAUGCAUUUUAAUUGACCUUGCACAUCAUUUGCCUUGGGGUGGAAAUAUUUAUCAUUAUAGCAUGUUAAAAUAUCUGAAAUACGAGGUAGAGUGGACAGAAUGAUUUUUAUUUAACAAGCGGGAAAGGAUAAGAGGAAAAGUAUCUUUGUUGACUUAAAAUAAUUGUUAAUCAAUAACAUACCUAACUGCAGUAUUGCCUCAUUUCUAAUAAUAGGUCUAAUUACAUAGACAAAUUGGUAUCUAAAAUGGAAUAUGAGAAAAAUAACUGCUUAUGUUAAUAAAAAUGUUCAUAGAAUCAUGUAACACAUUUGGGGUGUGUUACAAGUCCAGGUUGCUACUUGAUGAGUGUCCCUUUAAGAAGCCUGAAUGGUGUGUGUGUGUGGCUUUAUCUGACUGACUACUGCGAGUGAAAAUAAAACGACUAUAACUGGAAUGUGCUGGCAAUUGCACAGACAGACAGACAAAGGGGGAGAGGGGAGAGAGAGAGAGACGGUAACACUGACUGCUAGUCUCUGUAUCUACGAGUGAAGCACAAUAGUUGUGACUGUCACUAUACAAUCCAUGUAUGGAUUUUUGGAGCAAUCUGUAGGGUCCACUAUGUCGUUAACCUGUACUGGAAAGCAGGUAUAUCUGUGGGCGGCCACAUCUCAAGUGCCCUCGGUGUGGCAGAUCUUCAGAACAAAGCAGUGGAGCUCUUCGGUGAUUGAGGCAUCGCAUUGUUCUAUUGUGGAACUUGUGGAUUUCGUAAAUUCCUUCUCUCUACAUUCUACUAUGGUUUUCAGAAGCCUUUGCUCAUCAUUCUACUUUGACUUGCUGAACUGAACUUUGAGAACUAUUCCUAGACGGGGUUUGGGAACUUGCCACACACACACACACACACACACACACACACACACUCACUCUUCGGGUUUAUUUUGGGGUCAAUGGGGAUAUCUAACAUUUUUAUUUCUCUUAUAAUUACAAGUAGUUAUUAAUAAAUAGAUUCUAACAUUUAAACAUGGCUCGUUGUGUUUCUGGUACGCAACAGGUGAAAUUUAGUUUUUGGUUUCUCUGCAUUACAUGUUGCCGUGAAUCUUUACCAGCUGCUUACUAUGGGCUGCAAAUGAGGAUGAGAUUUCUUUGUUAUCCAAAUCAAAUUUGCAGAAUGUUGGACAACAGUCUUAGGCCCAUUAUAACUGUGAGAAACACACUGCACUUCAGUGCAUAACAUCUACAACUGGCAACUUCUAUGUGAAAUCAGCUAUGACAUGGCUCAGUAUACAAUUAGACACGCGCUUGAAACUCAAAACAGUUGGAACAUAUUCUAUGGCCUGUACAAUCAGUUUUCUGUAAAUUGACCACAUUUUCAGAAUGCUUUGUGAGACCAAGGUUUUAAACUGAAUUAUGAAGGUAAUCACUGUUUUACUACAGCAAUUUUGUCAUGGAUAAGAAAUGAGACGUGGCGAGCUAUUACAAAGGACAGAGCAACCUCACAGCUCUUUGCUGUGAGGUUGCUCCAGUGAACAAAAGGAGUUGCAAACCACUGAGGACGAAUUGUCCAUAAGCAGAACUUUAAAGGUAAUGCUUCCUCACCAACAAACC